UCUUUGUAAUGGUAAAUGAUGUAGUUCACAUUUUUUCUGUUGUGUUGAACUGCACUGCCAUCACUGAAGUAUUCAACCAUUUUUUGGCUAAAAAACUUAGUGCAUAGAUGCACUAAUUUACUCUUAAAUGCAUAAAAUGAUGUGUUGUGAUCAGGGCAGUCGCUAAUUACACAAGCGCAGAACAUACCCAUUUAGCAGAAGUCAGAACAAUAGAUGUAAAUGACAUUGAUAUGUGCAUUGGAAUGUCAAGCUCAAGUCCUUGGCCCUUAAUAAACCAUAUUGGUUGCCUGUACCAACAAAAUAGAUAUCUUAGUUACAUAAAAUUUAAGAAAUUUACCAUCUGAGAAAUGUAUUGGGGCAAGAAAGAUUGAGUGGAAUAUCAGUAUGCAUUGAAAACAUUACUGCAAGAAAUGGCAAAACGACAAAAACAUGGUAAAUUACUGUCAUAAUUGUGUCAUCUUUAUUAGAAUCGGGUAAUUGUGGUAUGGCUUAAACCUAUGAAGGUUCUGUGGAAUCUAAAUAAAUUCUGUUCUAUUCUAUUUUACCUCUAUUAUCUGUGGUUAUGUUUGCAUCUGUGGACUGAUGCACAGUAGUUUGGUUAGGUUUUGUAUCUGUGGACAUAAAUAGUGAUCUUUCCUAGCUUAUGUUUGAAGGGUGUUUUGAUAUUUUGUGUAUUUGACUAAUAAAUUGAUAUAUAUGGAGACCGUGUGCGUAGAAGUUGAGCCUAACCGCAACGCCGAAGCAUAUCGCAAUUAUCAACCGGCAGGUUUACCAGUGCAGGUUGAGAAACAUUUAGAUUUUAUUGAAUUAUGUGACGAUGGAUUUAUGCUUCUUGGAUGUUCUAACUUGACUGGGCGUUUGUGGACUGGUUCUGUGUGGUACUUUCUUGAUCCUGAUUCAGCUCCAAAUGUAGAGAAAUGUCUUACUGGCAUAGAAUGUGAGACUGGUGUCUCUGAUGGGAAAUUUCUUGAAGACAAACAGAAGAUUAUAAUUGGUGAAGAUUCUGGUUUAGUGCAAGUGUUGGGCCUGUCUGAGUCAGCAGAUGAACAUACGUUCCGUUUUGAAUCGCUGAAUUCUGUCUGUGAACAUGAUGAUGGCAUACUCUCAGUCUCUGUGUUUUCAGACAGAACGCGUGCUCUUACAGGCGGUUCGGACAUGAAUAUCAAAGUAUGGAGUGUAGAGUCACUGACUUCUGAACAUACGUACCGACCUGCACACCUACACCAAGUUUCCUGUGUGUGUGCACAUCCUCAGGAUGGCAGCAGUAUCUUUGCUUCGUGUUCGCUUGAUGGUAUGGCUUUUAUAUGGGAUACCCGAAAUGCGAAGCCUGCUAAAGUUGCUUUGUGUGAUGGAUCACAGGAGUUAACAGCAGUUGCUUGGCAGAUGUCAAGAAGUGAUAUGUUGGCUAUUGGUUCAAGGUCUGGGGAGGUAAUAAUAGCAGAUAUCCGGCAGUUGAAGGAACCACUUGGGGUGUCAGACUGUUUUACUCGUCCAGUUCAUCGUUUGAGAUUUGCUCAUCACCGGCCAGAAUUGCUAGCAGUGUGUGCAGAUGACUCCAAAGUUAAGGUGCUAGAUUGUACUGCCAGGGCUCCAAAUAUAAUAUAUGCAGAUGACCACCACAGUGAUUUUGUGCGUGGAUUGGCAUGGCACUCCAGGAAAGGAACUUUGUACUCCUGUGGAUGGGACAAACAAGUUUUGGCGCAUAAGCUUGUCGUUUCUCCUAACAAAAUGGAGGUAAAUGGGAUAAUUGAGGAGAAAGAUCAAGAACUGAAAUAAAAGUGAAGAACGUUUAGAUAGGAAAUAAUCUGUCAUUCCAUGUGAUAACUCAAGUGGUGUCAUGGGAAUGUAUUUUCUGUCAUAAAUGUUGGGAAGUACAAUUAAACUUGUGAUAUUUUUUUUCUUUGGUAUGUUGGCUACAUUUUAAUGCAAU